AUGAUCAGCGUGGUUUUGGGCAUUUUUAAAUGCGUUUCAGCAAACUCCCAUAAAGUUCCUUGCGAGAUAAGCGAGAUAAGCGCGGUAACCACGCUGAUCCAUAACUGCCCUGGUGUGAAUGGGCUCUUAUUGCUGGCAACUUUGACAAGUGAAUGCGACAAUGGUGAAAUUAAAGACUGCGUUGUCAAAGCUAACUGCACUUCCAAGGAUCCUGGAAUCCAGGUUCGCACUUUUAAUGAAGAUGAUCCCAAUGUCAUUGAAAGCAGUGAGGGAAAGCCGUUAAAAAUCGCCAAACGAUCUUUAAACAUGGGAGGAGUAAAAGGAAAAGCAGGAAACCUUGAAAACCUGUUUGAAGGAAAAUCAAAACUCUCAGCAGAGAUCAAAGGUAACAGCAGAUCCCAGUCAGGUGGUAUCAGCAGUGAUGUCCACCCAGGUGCAGCUGUGACGAAGGGAGAAGUCAACAAAGAACUGCUUGACUUGAAAGGUGGCAAUAUACAACUGGGAGAGGCCAACCUAAACCUGGGGGGGCUUUUUGGUCAUCAAAAUGGCAAGAUAGAGUUUGGUCAUCGUGGGGAGACAAGGACAUUUGAAACCAAUGGACAUCGGGAAAUUAAGGGAGGAUUUGGGAAAUCAUCUGAGGAAGAUAAGGAAGGAGGAAAGCAUCAAAUUGACCUGAAAAGUGGCAAAUUACAACUAGUUGAUGCCAACCUGAAGUUGGGGGGUUUUUCUGGUUAUCAAAAUGGGAAAAUAAACCUCAAUAAUGGUGGGGAGACAAGGAGAUUUGAAAUCAAUGGACAUAAUGAAAUUAAGGGAGGAUUUGGGAAAUCAUCUGAGGAAGAUAAGGAAGGAGGAAAGCAACUGCUUGACUUAAAAGGUGGCAAAAUGCAACUGGGAGAGGCCAACCUAAACCUAGGGGGGCUUUUUGGUCAUCAAAAUGGCAAGAUAGAGUUUGGUCAUGGUGGGGAGACAAGGACAUUUGAAACCAAUGGACAUCAGGAAAUUAAGGGAGGAUUUGGGAAAUCAUCUGAGGAAGAUAAGGAAGGAGGAAAGCAACUGCUUGACUUAAAAGGUGGCAAAAUGCAACUGGGAGAGGCCAACCUAAACCUAGGGGGGCUUUUUGGUCAUCAAAAUGGCAAGAUAGAGUUUGGUCAUGGUGGGGAGACAAGGACAUUUGAAACCAAUGGACAUCAGGAAAUUAAGGGAGGAUUUGGGAAAUCAUCUGAGGAAGAUAAGGAAGGAGGAAAGCAAAUGCUUGACUUGAAAGGUGGCAAAAUACAACUGGGAGAGGCCAACCUAAACCUAGGGGGGUUUUCUGGUCAUCAAAAUGGCAAGAUAGAGUUUGGUCAUGGUGGGGAGACAAGAAGGUUUGAAAUCACUGGACAUCAGGAAAUUAAGGGAGGAUUUGGGAAAUCAUCUGAGGAAGAUAAGGAAGGAGGAAAGCAUCAUAUUAAUUGGAAUAGUGGCAAAGUGCAAAUGGGUGAUGUCACUAUCAGUUUGGAGGAUUUUCUUGCAUAUCUAAGUGGGAAAGUAGAACUAAGUAAUGGUGGUUUGACAAAAACAUUUAAACUUAGUGGACACCAGGACUUUGAGGGUGGUCUCAGAAAAGCCUCCAAUGGAGAUGAGCAAGAUGGAAAAUUUCAAUUUGGUGGCAAGCAGAAAACAUCUGGUGAAGAUAAGGAUCACGCAAGUGAUGAUAAGUCAAACGAACAUGGUCAUCUACAAUCUGGAGGUAAAGGCGGUCAUUGGGAAGGUAGCGAUGAAGAGCACAGAAAGAUCAAUAUUAACAUAAAAGGAGGAAAGAAAAAAUCAUCUAAAGAAGAUCAUUCAAAGGAAAAUAAGGAAAGAGAAUCUUGUACCUUUAACAAAAACAUCCUGGCUGAUGGGGAAACUGCAGAGCUUGAUUGUGCCACAUGUGAAUGCAAUGAUGGAUCGCUGACCUGUGUGAAAAAUGUGAGCUGUUCAGGCAUCUGUUCUGUGACUGCAUAUCAGAUGAUUCGCACAUUUGACGGCACAUUAUAUGAGAGUCCUGGAACUUGCAGCUAUAUUUUGGUCAAAGCCAAAGACUACACUAUCACCCUGAACAAUAAAAUAUGUUCCGAGCUGGAGACUGGUGAUGCAGUUUGUAUUGAAUCUGUAGAUAUUUACAUUCCAUCAAAGGCAAAUAUUAGGCUGCAGUCAGAUGGAAGCAUUCUUGUGGCAGGAGAGAAGUCGUAUCUUCCAUAUUCUGUUCUAGACACCAUUACUGUCUUAAGAAGUUCUUCAGUCUUCCUGGAUGUGGUCAGCCAUGAAUUUAAGUUGCAGUAUGCCUUUGCCAGCAGCCGGCUUUAUGUUAUACUUGAUGCCAGCUACAAAGAUACAACCAGUGGCUUGUGUGGGACCUACAAUGAUAAUCGUAAUGAUGACUACAGGAGCUCAAAUGAUAUGACUGAAACUGUAUCCGGCUUGUUCAGCAAAUCUUGGAAGACACAAUUCCAGUGUUCAGAAAGUGAAAGAUUGCAAGAAGACAGAGAUAACAAAGUGCAGGCUGAUCUGGAAUGCUCUGCAGCCCUGGAUAGUUCCAUCUUUGAAGACUGUGGCCUUCUAAUUGACACUCACAGCUACAAGAUCUCUUGCUCUCACAGUGCAUACUAUGGUGGAUCUAUUGGAUUUUGUUCUGCCAUGGCAGACUAUGCCUAUCGCUGUGCCCGUGCAGGAAUUUUUGUCUCUGUUAGCUCUACAUUUGAUACAUGCACUCCAGUGUGCGAAGGUGAUGUGACCUUCAUUACCGAUGAAAAUUUCUCUCAACAAGACUGUUCAGAAAUGUCUUCAAUUAAGCUCCAGAAGAUUACAUCAUCAGUCCCUCUGAACGAAGCCUGUAUCUGCCCUUCCGACCUCUACUAUGAUGCCUCUAAAAAUAAAUGUGUAAAGGGAGAUGAAUGCCCUUGCUACAUAAAAAACCAUGUGUACGAGUUAGGAGAGAUCAUCACUCAGCCCAACGGACAAACCUGCCCCUGUGAUAGAGUAAUACAGUGUGGGGAAACUGAACAGCCCCCGGCUCCUGAGGUGGAGACUUGCUCUAAUAAUGAAACAUACUCAGACUGUUUGGUGGGUUUUGGCAAGUCAUGUGAACCAGCUUGUCAGAACCUGGCAGUGCUGGAUCAAAUCUGCACUCUUGACUGCCAACCAGGAUGUAUCUGCAAAACUGGUCUAUUGAGAAGCAGCGAUGGAAAUUGUGUACCACUAAAUGAGUGCCCUUGUCUGCAUGGUGAUGAUGUGUACACUCCUGGUGAAACACUGGCACGUGACUGUAACACAUGCAUGUGUGAAAAUGGCAAGUUUGUGUGUACCAACAACCCAUGUAACAAAGUGUGUAACACUUAUGGCGGAUCCCAAUUCUUCCUGUUUGAUGGAGCCUGGAAGACUUUUUCGACAAGGAAAUGUGCAAUUUUGCUGGUUGAGUCUUUGCCAGGUGAAAGCCCAUCAUUCAGUGUUGUCAUGCAAAAUACCCCUAAUGAGGAUCUAGGUGGAGCUUUGAUCAGGAAGAUCAUUACCAUCAAAUUUGAAGGAACUACAGUGCUGCUCAGUGACUCUGAUCCUAUAGUGCUACAUGAUUUGGGUUCAAGGCCUGAAUUUAGAACCUACCGAUCUGGAUUCUAUGUGGUUGCCCAUUUCUUGGAAGGGCUUGCUGUUUACUAUGAUCAACACCUGGAUGUCAUCAUUCAGCUUGAGCCCAAACUUCAGGGCAAAGUUAAAGGUAUGUGCGGUGAUGCAGAUGGAACUACAACAACUGAGACUGAAAUUAGCAACAUGGCUCAGUAUGCUUCUCGCUUCCUGAUUGGUGAGUGCCCUGAGGAGGACCAUCCUCCCCCUCCAUCUGAGAAUCAAAAGAAGUUUGUUGAAAACCGAUGCGGCCUUCUCAUGAGUGAGGACUUUGCUCAAUGCCUUUAUGAGGUCAAUGUGGAGCCUUAUUACAUGGCUUGUGUGGAGGAAACAGAAGCAUGCAGAGAGGGUGAAAGCUGCCUCUGUUACUGCACCGCAUUGGCAGCUUAUGCUCGUGCCUGCUGCCGGAAGGGUAUCUCAGUCGAAUGGAGAAGCCCUGACACCUGCCCAUCUCCUUGUGAAUAUUAUAACAGAGAUGCUGGAGAGGGACCGUACCGCCUUCUGAUGAUCAACGGCAAGUCUCUGGUAGCUGAUUAUGAUACCAGCGCAGUGUCGGUGGACAAUGUUGAUACUCCUGGAAAUCUUAAAGCCAGCUUCAUGGUUACCCGAGGCCUUUUUGUAGACCCAUUGAAUGGCAGAAAGCUGAUUUCCCUGGAGUCUGCCCAGCACCACAACUUCUUCAUUGUGCAGAAUGAUGAUGGAACGCUAAGCCUGAAGAAGUGGCAGCCAAGUGUGGACUUUCGCUCACAGGCCACUUUUAUCCAAAGGCCAAGCCGCUGGGUCAAGGGCUUUGAUGCUCUAGAGUCAUACGUUUCCCGUGGAAAUUAUCUUUCCCUUAGCAACAAUGGACUAGUUAUGUCACGGGUAAAGUCAGGAAAUAUGCUGCAGAUGAACUUCAAGUUAGUUGAGGAAACGUUUGGAUUGCCAUCAUUCUCUAUCUGUACAUGGAAAUACAGAGCUUGUGCUAACCCAUGCAUUCAAACCUGCCAAGAUCCUUUGGGUACCAAGUGUACAUUAACACUCAAAGUUGAAGGCUGCUACCCUAUCUGUGCCCCUGGAAUGGUGUUUGAUGAAGUGACCCAUCGCUGUGUACAAUUCGAGGACUGUAUUACUCCUCCGUCCCUGUCUCCUCCUGUCUUUACAACUCCUGAGCUGGAGCCUUGCAAGAAUGUUGUAUGCAAAUUUGUCACAUGUAAAGCAGGUGAAGAAAAGGUGGAAGUGCCUUCUAAUGACCCAUGCUGUAAAGAGUACAUAUGUAUUGGUACCACACCUGUUCCACCGACAACAUUACCAUCCACACCUAAAUGCAGUGGUGUAGUUUGCCCUCCUGAACCUGAAUGUUUUGUGCAAGGCUCUAGCAAGGUCUACAAAACAGGAAAAGAUCCUUGCUGCCCAGAAGUUGAUUGUGAAUGUGACCCAUGCAGUCCGCCACCAACCUGUGGACCCAAUAGCGAGCUACUCAAGACUAUUGACCCAGAAACCCAGUGUUGCUUCACAUACAAAUGCGGUGGUGAAAAUCAUCCUCCAGAGCCUUGCAAGAAUGUUGUAUGCAAAUUUGUCACAUGUAAAGCAGGUGAAGAAAAGGUGGAAGUGCCUUCUAAUGACCCAUGCUGUAAAGAGUACAUAUGUAUUGUACCUGAACCUACACCUCCACCAAUUGUCACUCGGGGUGAAUGUGAAGGUGUCACUUGCCACAUUCCUGUCUGUGGCAAGGGUGAUAUACUGGUGGAAAUUAUUUCAGAUGACCCAUGUUGCAGGCAUUAUAAUUGUGUGCCUCUUUCUCCUCCAUCACCAUCACCCCCGUGUGUGAACCGUGCCAACCUGUUCCUUAUUGCAAUGGAUACCAACCUGAAAUUUUCUUCAAUCCUGAUAAACAAUGCUGUCCAAAAUAUGAAUGUCACUUCUCCACCAAGUGCACCAACUCUGCCUACUACCACCAAUGCCAACAAGAAUGCUAUAUUCCCACAUGUGACGAAGACAGACCACCACUGCUGCUUGGAAACCCUGAAACAGAGUGCUGCCCAGAAUAUGAAUGUCCCACCAUGCUUGGAUAUCCUUUGUGAGUCUGUGUCUUGUGAGAAGACGGGUGCGGACCCAGUGGUGGUUGAACCUUCCUCUGCUACUCGCUGCUGUCCAGUUGUUGAGUGCAAAUGCCAAAAUGAAUGCUACAUUCCAACAUGUGAUGGUGACAGACCACCACUGCUGCUUGGGAACCCUGAAACAGAGUGCUGCCCAGAAUAUGAAUGUCCCCGAGGCACCCGCCAGGUUUGCCCUCUCUCACCCAUUUUGUUUGUCCCGGCCUUGAAGCCUCCGGCCAAAUGUAUCAAAUCCCAUCCAAACAUACAUGGCAUUGAGAUUGCAGGUGUGCACCACAAAUUCUCCCAGUGGGACUCGGUGGCAGAGGCAUAG